CUUGACUUGACAGCUAGGUAAUUUUUAAUUUAUUAGUUCAAAUUUGUUUUAGAAAGAUUAUUUAUACUUGUUGUUUAGUCGUUAUUUGAAUUAAACAUUAAUAAUUAAUGAUAAAGACAAAAUGUAAAAAAAGAGAACGAUUUGUUUCAGUUGUGUUUUAAUAAAAAAAUAUCUAGUACAUACCUACACAAACAGACAGCCAUGAAAUUAAAAACGUCUUGUAUUCGCGUUUGCGCGUUUUAUUGCACACAUAUAGAGAUUUAUUUCCACUCAGUGACGUCACAACUUUAUAGGACAUAUUGUUUAUAAAAUUGGAUGCUGUGAUUAAAAAUAAUGAUGUGUGAAAAACGAAAAAACGAAAAACUGUUUAAAUAACCAAAAUUUUCAAGUGAAAUUCUUGUCUUUCGAUUUUAUCCCCAGCAAUCUUCAAUGAAAAUAUGGAAUAUAAGUCAAAUUGCGAAUAUAAACAUAUGUCUAUUCACAAUUCUUCUGUCAUUUCGCUAAUUACAUUAUCAUUAAUGUGUUUAAACUCCAAGAAUUCCAAGAUGCUCCAAGACAAGUGAUAAAUCUUAUAAUAAAUUCAUCGAAAUAUUUACCGAAUGAGAAAAUUUGAACAUAAAUAAUUCUUCCUUAAUUCAAAAAAAAGAGAGAGAAUAUGGACAGUUUUUCCGAUUCUUCUCGUUGUGAAUUAGAUUCGACAACAUCUGGAGACUCACUUUUAGAAUUACGUCCACAUUCUUCGUCGCUUGAAUUAUUAAAUAGUGAUGAAUUAAUUAAAAGAACCAAUUCCCUUGAAUUGGCGAAUGAACGACUUCGUUAUGAUUUGGAUAAUCUACAAAUAGAAUUAAAUACAAAAAUCUCCGUCAAUGAGAGUUUAAAGGAAAAAAUAACAUUACUUUACGUCGAUGCACAAUCUGCAUUACAGGAGAAGCGAAAAAUUGAAAAUAAUUUUAAAAAUCUCCAAAGUCAAUUAAUUAUUUCGGAAAAUUCGACAAAAUGGUAUCAGGAACAAUUACAUCAAGCACAAGCCAGCAAAAAAACUUUACAAAUCGAAGUUAAUACUUAUCAGGAAAUGUUGAAACAAAAACAACAAUUGGUCACUGAUAUUAUAUUGAAAUCCUCGAAAUUAAACCAAGAAUAUGUGAAUUUAAUUUCCAAGUACAAAGACGAGAAGGAACAAUUACAAAAUGAAAUUAAUCAACGAUUUAAGAGGGAUAAUUUUUCCAAAAUACUCGCCGAGGAUCGUUCACUGGAUAUUUCGGCGAAUUUAAAAUUAACAGAGGAGGAAUUACACGAAACAAAAAUUCAACUCUGUCGACUUGAGGAGAAACUGAUAAAUUCCGAAAUUGAAAAAACUUGUCUCGAAAAUACAAAUACGAAACAAUUAUCAACAAUCACUUCAUUGGAAGAUAAUUGCAAAAGUUUAAAAGUGGAAAAAAAUAAAUUGAAAUUUAAUUUACAAAAGAGUCACCUCGAUAUUGAGAAAUAUAAAAAUAAUAGCGAAACUGCUGAAUUUGCUUUGAAUAAUUCCAAGCAAAAUCAAAUUCAAGUAGAGGCAGCAAUUUCUGAAUUGCAAAUUCAACUUUCAAAAAUGUUGACACAAUAUAAAUUGUUGAGGGCAAGAAAUUAUGAACUUGAAGAGAAAGUAACUUCGAUGCGAAAAAUGUUGAAUGAAACAAAAAGGCUCAAGUUACUUUCUUUCAAUGCGAACAGUUCUCUUUUGCAGAAAUUAAAAAGAGAGAAGCAAAGAAGUAAAAAAUUGGAGAAUUUUUCGCGUAAACGACAAAACAAUCAAAGGACAGAAGAGGCGAAUAAAACAGACAAUUCGGGGGAUAAUUCUCUUCAACAGGAUGUUAAUAAGAACAAGAAACAAUUGAAAUCGAUGACAAGAGUUUUGGAGGAAAGUAUCGAUGAGGGUUACGCCGAUGGAAUAUCUCUUGGACCAUCGACAAAUUUACCAUCAACGCCGGCACUUAAUCCAGUAUUAUUAUUAAAAAUUAACGACAUUUUGUAUAAAAGUAAAAAUCUAAUGAGUCCAAUUCAAGAGGGAAUUAACGAAUUACAAAUGAAAAUUGAAAAAUUCAAGGAGGAGCAAAAUAAUAAAUUUCUCCAAUCUUCGACAAAUUUUUACAACAAUCGAUCAAUUUCCACAGUAUCUUCACCUAAUAACACCAGGACUCUAGUGUAAUUUAGUAAUUAUACUCUUUAUUUAUUUUUUUUGUGAUUGAAACAAUUUUUUUUAUCCAAAUUGAAAAAUAACUUUUUAAUAAUUUAAUUUAUUAACUAUUGAUUAAAAGU